CCAUAUUUUCCUUUACAGAUCCCAUCUUCUACUUGCCUGUUGCUUCUACUUUACUGUGAUGGGCUAUUCUUAUCGCACCCCCUCCCUGACGCAUUGGCCUUGCAUGGGUCAGGGGCAGCGUCUGCGCGGCACGCUGUACAGUUCACUCCGAGAUGGCUCUCCGAGCGCUGGCCCUGCUAGGACUGCUGUCCGCAGCAUCGCAAGCGGCCAACGCGUGCUGGUCCUCGCAGUUCGCGUGCAGGGACGGCCGGCCCCGUUGCGUGAGUUGGCCUUACAGGUGCGACGGCGCCAACGACUGCGACGACGGAUCGGACGAGGACGGCUGCAGUGCGACCAUGGUGACGCUGCUCCCCAACGCCACCGUCACGGCCCGGGUGGGGUACGACGAGGACCACGGCGCCAUCGCAGUGCACCUGUGCGGCAGCGACCACUGCAGCAGCGUGCGCCUGUGGGGCGAGGCCUCCAACGGGACGAUGCGGUACUCCACCUCGUCGGGGUGCAACCACCGCGCCGUCGAAUGCAGCGCGGAACAG